AUGUCUUCAGCGGACAGCCAACCUUCAGGAAGCAUGGAACAUCAAGACGUUUUCCGGCUCAUACUGCAGCAAAAUCAACAGAUGGCGGAACAAAAUGCACGACUCAUGGCUAUGAUGGAGCGUUUCAACAAUCAAGGAACACCAGCCAGGCCGGCGAGCAGUCCCGAGUUCAUCAUUGAGACUCUAGCGUCCAACAUCCGUGAGUUUUGUUACGACCCCGAGAAUGGAUUGGUUUUCGACCGGUGGUACCAGAAGUAUGUGGAUCUUUUCCUGAAGGAUGGUGUCAAUCUGGAUGAUUCAGCGAAAGUCCGUCUCCUGCUCAGAAGCCUUAGCGUCAGCGUACACGACAAGUAUGUGAACUUCCUGUUGCCGAAACAUUACCGGGAUUUUUCGUUUGCGGACACAGUUUCCAAGUUGAAGCAGCUGUUCGGAAUGAGAACCAGUUUGUUCAGCAAAAGGUAUCAAUGUUUCCAACUCACGAAGCGGGCUGAAGAGGACUACGUGACCUAUGCGGCGACAGUCAACCGGCGGUGUGAAGAUUUUGAGUUGAACCGUAUCACAGCCGAUCAAUUCAAGUCUCUCAUUUUCAUCUGCGGUCUACGGUCGUCGAAAGAAGCUGAUAUCCGAACCAGAUUACUCUCCAAACUGGAAUCCGAAGGAGAAGGUGAAUGCAAGUUGGACACCCUCAUCAACGAAUGCCAACGGUUGCAGAACUUGAAGCAUGAUACCGCUUUGAUUGAGCAGAAGCCAUCGAUUACAUCAGCAGUCUGUACAGUCAAACAGAAGCAGCAGCAAUCGAAUCCAUCUACUCAAGCCCAGCCGUGGAAGGAUAGCAAGCAGUCAAGCGUUCCGAGGACACCAUGCUGGCAGUGCGGUGGUAUGCACUUCGUCCGUGAAUGCCCUUUCACAAAUCAUACCUGUAAAUCCUGCAAGAAGGUAGGGCACAAGGAAGGUUACUGCAACUGCGUUUCGGCGAAACCCAAUUCCGGGGGCAAGAAGUUCAAGAAAAAGAAGAAGUCAAGCGUGAAUGGAAUCUUUGCAGUAAAUCAACUGAACUGCGAAACCAGACGAAAGUUCGUGAACGUUGUCAUCUGCGGCGUCAGGAUCAAGCUUCAGUUCGACACAGCAUCGGACAUCUCCAUCAUUUCGAAGCAAACCUGGAAGAAGCUUGGAUCUCCGAAACUGUCAGGAAAACCCCUCAACAUGAUCGGAGAACUAGCCUGUUCAAUUACCUGUGGAGGCGUUACCAAAGACGGCUUUGUGACCACCCAUCCAAGUCUCAAUUUGUUUGGUCUCGAUUGGAUUGAAUUAUUUGAGCUGUGGUCCAAACCUCUUUCAUCAAUCUGCAAUCAGGUACGUUCAGCGCAAUCACCGAUCCAGUUUUACAAGGAAGCUUUUCCAAACGUUUUCAAAGAGACGCUCGGACACUGUAGGAAGACAAAGGUCAAGCUAUACUUGAAACCAGAAUCACGUCCAGUUUUCAAGCCAAAACGUCCAGUCCCUUUCACAUCCGUAGCGAAGGUCGAUGCCGAACUAGAUCGUUUGGAGCAGUCCAAGAUAAUCACACCCGUGGAUUUUUCGCAAUGGGCCGCAUCAAUCGUCACAGUGAAGAAGCCGAAUGGAAAGAUACGAAUUUGUGCUGAUUAUUCUACUGGAUUGAACGCAGCUUUGGAAGCAAACAACUACCCGUUACUGGUUCCGGACGACAUCUUCACCAAGCUGAACGGAUGCAAGUUCUUCAGUAUCAUCGAUUUGUCGGACGCGUAUCUUCAAGUGGAAGUGGACGAUGCUUCCAAAGAACUCUUGACCAUCAACACUCAUCGUGGACUCUAUCGUUUCAACAGACUGGCACCAGGUGUAAAGUCAGCCCCUGGAGCUUUUCAGCAGUUGAUGAACGGAAUGAUAGCAGACCUCGACGGCGUCGAAUCUUUCCUGGACGAUAUCAUCGUGUUCAGCGAAACCGAAGAAGAGCAUCAUCAGCGUCUUCAAGCACUUUUGAAGCGUUUGGAGGAGUACGGGUUUCAUCUUCGUGAAGAGAAAUGCAGUAUUCUUCAACACCAAAUCAAACAUCUGGGCCAUAUCGUUGAUGAAGAUGGUUUACGCCCGGAUCCAUCGAAGAUUGAAGCCAUCGUCAAGAUGCCUGCGCCAACCGAUAUCACCAGUCUACGUUCUUUUCUGGGCGCUGUGAACUUCUAUUCAAAGUUUGUGCCGAGAAUGCAUCAAUUUAGACGACCCCUCGAUGCGCUUCUGAAGAAGGAUGUUCCAUUCAAUUGGUCUCCAACGUGCCAACAUGCAUUUGAGAAGAUUAAGGACAUUUUGAAGUCAAAUCUACUACUAACGCACUACGAUCCCAAACUGGAAAUCAUCAUCGCUGCAGACGCAUCAAAAUCGGGUAUUGGAGCAGUCGCUAUGCAUCGAUUCCCUGAUGGAAACUUGAAGGCAAUCGCUCACGCUUCCCGUACUUUGACUCAAGCUGAAGUUGGUUACAGUCAAAUAGAAAAAGAAGGCUUGGCAUUGAUUUUCGCGGUUACCAAAUUUCACCGCAUGAUCCUUGGACGAAAAUUCAAGCUUCAAACCGACCAUCAACCACUGCUGAGGAUUUUUGGUUCAAAGAAAGGAAUACCUUUGCAUACAGCGAACCGUUUGCAAAGAUGGGCAUUAACUUUGCUGUGCUACGACUUCGAUAUUGAAUACGUUUCAACAACCCAGUUCGGCUAUGCUGAUGUGUUAUCACGCCUGAUCACCAACCAUACGAAACCGGAUGAGGAUUUCAUCAUUGCUGCUGUUCAGUUGGAAGAGGACAUUCAAGUUCCGUUGGACGAAGCUGUGGGAGUUUUGCCAAUAACCUUCGAAAUGGUUCAACAACGUACCUCCAAGUGUCCAGUUUUGCAGCAAGUAAUUCGUUUCAAUCAGGAUGGAUGGCCAUCAAGCGCAGCAAAUAUCGAAGAUGAACGAGUUCGGCAAUUCUAUUCGUACCGUGAAGCACUUACAGUCGUGAAAGGAUGUAUCAUGAUGACGGAUCGCCUGGUAAUACCAGCCAGCUUACGCCACCGCAUUCUGAAGGAUCUACACCGAGGUCACUCAGGUAUGGAAAAAAUGAAAGCCAUCGCUCGUAGUCACGUUUUCUGGCCGAAAAUAGACAACGCCAUAGAGGACUUCGUCAAGAAAUGCAACAAUUGUGCCUCUCAUUCGAAGACACCAAGGAAGGUUCCCCUGCAAUCAUGGCCACAAACCGCUCAUCCGUGGGAGCGAAUCCAUAUUGACUUCGCCGGACCGUUUUUCGAUCAAUACUUUCUGGUUGUCGUCGAUUCACAUUCCAAAUGGCCUGAAGUCAAGAUAGUUCGAUCUCCAACUACGUCAUGUGUCACCAAAUUCCUGAACGAAUUGUUUUCCCGGUUCGGAGUUCCAGCUACUGUGGUGUCAGACAACGGAUCGCAGUUCACGUCGGAGCAGUUUGCAGAGUUCUGUAGAGCGAAUGGAAUCCAGCACCUUCGAACAGCGCCGUACCACCCACAGUCCAACGGCCAAGCAGAGAGAUUCGUGGACACCUUGAAGAGGUCACUACUGAAGAUUAACGAGGGGGAGAAGAUCGCCAACACACUGCAGGUAUUUCUUCAAACUUAUCGGUCAACUCCAAGUCGCACGCUGCAAGGAAAAUCGCCAGCUGAACUGAUGAUCGGCCGUAAAAUGAGGACCAUACUGAAUCUUCUUCAUCCUCGACGUCGGGAACCCGCAAACCGAAAUGAACAACAGAAUCAACGAUUCAACAAGAAGCAUGGAACUGUUCCACGUUCGUUCAAGGCAGGAGAUGCUGUCUACGCCAAGGUUUUUACUGCCAAUAAAUGGAAAUGGUCAGCAGGAAUCAUCAUUGAAUCCAUCGGACGUGUUAAUUACAACGUGCUGCUUGAGAACAACCACGGUCGACGGAAGCUCAUACGAUCCCAUGCCAAUCAGUUGAAAUUUCGUGAAACACCGUGUAAGAUGACCAACAAAUCCAAUGAAUCACCACUGAGCAUUCUAAUCGAUAUGUUUGGACUGCAAACUAUGCCAACUGCAAAUCAAGAGGAGUUGAAUCCAUGUCAAGCUGCCAUUCAGGAUAUGGACGUUGAAGUCGAGGAACAAGCCAACCCUGUUACUGUUAAUUUGCAAGAUACCCAUGAGGAUAUGUCGAUCAGCUUUGAGCCUGACCCUCCAGAAAUGGAAGCAAGUGAAACAGGGACAUCCAACAUUUCGCCUACAUUGGAAGUUCGAACCCGUCCACAGAGGUCCAUAAAGAUUCCGUCCAGAUUCGAACCAUACUGGGUAUUCCGGAAAUAA